AUGCUCUUCUCUGCUAAUAUGGUUUCAACAUGUCCAUCAAAUGCUACAAAAAGACCUGCACAGGUGGUCUUAGAUACAAAGCAAAAACAAUGCACUCCAGCUCAAGUCAAGGCAGAUAACGCCCACAUUGAGCAAGCGAACCAAGAGAAGGAAGAGAAGACCCAGAAGGGCAUCAAACGAGUUGCUGCUGCACAGGAAAAGCUCUCUCUUCAGCAAAUUACAACCUUGGCUCCUUUGGACAUCAUCAAGGUUAGGAGCAGUUCACUCACGCCUCCACCACCCCCACCUUCGCAAUAUAAUUGUGAUGCGCUCAUCAAAAUGGAGCAUGUUGACAUCACCAUGGGCCUCAGCAACAAUUCCAAUCAAGACCUUAUGUACUUGGAGGAUGAGGAGGAGGACAAAGGUGAUAAUGGUAAUGAGGUUUUGGUCAUCAAAGAACAUGCCAACCUUGUUCAAGCAAGCAAGUGGACAAUGGUAAUGACAAACAUGGAAGUUGUUGUUGAUAAUGAUUCUGAUGAGGCUCCACCCACCAAGCGCAUCAAAACAGAAACCAGAUUGAAACCUGGAAAGGGCACUGGAGAAGUCACGAAGGCAAAAUACAAGAACGGUGACCUCCCAGCUGGCUGCCUUGACAACAACAUAUGGCAUGGUGUUUUCAUUCCCACUGUUGCUCAUGUUACUGGCGGAGACAACAUUGAUCCAUGGCUCAUUGAAGAUGAUGUCCUCAUUCCAAUCCUCAAGGAAGCUUGGACAGCCAUUUAUAAUGGAAAGCCAUCAUUGAUGAACCACACCAUCGUCCUGGGAAGCGCAGUCUAUCAAGUUACAAAGCAGUGCUUAAGUGAAUGGUGUGGUGGAUUUGGCUCUGCAGCUGUCAUGAUGUUCACAACAUUCAUGGCAGCUGACCUGCUUUAUGACAAUGAGGACAGCCGUGCUGAUUUCGCUGAUUUUUGGCUUGAAGACAACAGGUGGCUUUUCGCAAACAUUGAAUCAGAUGACAAAAAGCUGUGGACAGGAAUGUGGCAGUCCAUGUUCGUCCUGCAAACAUUUGCAGUGCACCUCAACUAUACACAAGGCUGUGUUUCCAUCCCGUCACUUAUGAGUGAGGAGCAAUCUUGUCAAACAGCCCUUGCGCUCUCUGGAGUGGUGGUCAAGCACACUCUUCAUCUUCUGUCAAACAAACAGAUGAGCUUCGAGGUCAAGUCCACCAUCACCAAGGGGAAGAAGAAGGCCACACAGAAGGGCAAGGCUUCAGCUGCCAACGGGGAGCAAUGGACUGCUGUGAUCAGUGAAAAUAAGACUUUUUUGGAGCCACUGUGGGAAUAUGACAGCUCAAUGUUUUUGCAGGCAAUCAAUCACAUUCCCACCAGCAAUAUGAAAGCUACCAUUGAACAGGUGCAACAGUACAUGAAAGCCACUACCACCUGCAGUGGAUGGUCAAAGAUGGAUGCCAAGGAAGCCCAAGAUGAGGACAUUGAUGAAGAGUAUGCUGACAUCUUUGCCUUUUGCUGA